CUCUCAUAAAGCAGAUGAACCACAGUUCGCUGGACAGACUCCACUCCACUGGUCCAUGAACAGGUUCCUCCUCUGACACUCAGGAUUCACUCACAGGACUGAGGACUCAAAGGGGAUAUUAAUCAACAUGGCGGACUGCUGCGACUGCACGGAAUGUAAGCAGUCUUUAUAUGGGAACAAGUACAUCCUGAAGGAGGAGGAGCCAUACUGCGUUAAGUGCUAUGAGGCACUUUUCUCCCACAACUGUGAAACGUGCCAUAAGCUCAUUGGCUGCACCCACAAGGAUCUAUCAUUUAAGGACCGUCACUGGCACAGUGAAUGCUUCCUCUGCAUGGAAUGCAACCGGUCUCUGGUGGAAAGGCCCUUUGCCACCAAGGAUGACGUUUUGAUGUGCACCGAGUGCUACAGCAACAAAUUCUCUGCCAAGUGCAAUGCAUGUCUAAAGACCAUCAUGCCAGGCACUAAAAAGAUGGAGCACAAGGCCAACAGUUGGCAUGAGAAUUGUUUCACCUGCAACCGUUGCCAGCAGCCCAUCGGCACCAGGACCUUCGUCCAGAAGGAAACCAACAACUACUGCCUGCCCUGCUACGAGAAGCUGUAUGCUCUGCAGUGUGUUCAAUGCAAGAAGCCCAUCACCACUGGAGGAGUGAACUACCGUGAGCAGCCCUGGCAUAAGGAGUGCUUUAUUUGCAUCGGCUGCAAGCAGCAGCUGGCAGGCCAGCGCUUCACCUCUCGGGACGACUUCACCUACUGCCUUGAAUGCUUCUGCAACCUGUUUGCUAAGAAAUGUGCCUCCUGCACCAUCCCCAUCAGCGGUCUCGGGGGAAGCAAGUACAUCUCCUUUGAGCAGCGCCAGUGGCACACCAACUGCUUCAACUGCAAGAAGUGCUGCGUGUCCCUGGUCGGCCGAGGUUUCCUGACGUGCAAAGAUGACGUCCUUUGCGCCGAUUGUGGCAAAGAGUUCUGAGUGCACUCCAACGCUGGAAGGAGUUUGUCCAAGCUGGCUGCCAUUAAAAGAGCCUUGGUAAAAAUUUCUUCUAACCCCCCCUUUCUUGCAUUAUAUGCCAUCAUUUAUCAGUUUCUCUCACAUUAACCUGUUUUCUGCAUGCAAUGAGAAUCCCUAUAAUUAAUCAACAAAUCUUAGUUUGUUCUGAAAUUGUAUUUUAUCUGCUUAAUUAGUUUCUUUGAAAUGUUUAUCAUUUGUAAAAUUAAUAACAAUCGGUAGUGAAAUAUUGACAGUCUGUGUGUGGCAUCAAAAAAGCCAAGAUUGACAGAUGUUUCAGAGCCUAUCAAGAACAUGUUAAAUUGUUUUAAUGGAUGACACUGCAAAAGCAAUUUAUUUUACGGAAUUGUGCUAUUACUAAUACUUUUUGUCUUGUUACAAAUAUUCUGUUUGAUGGAAUUUAAAUCUGUGUCAAUCAAUAAAGGUGUUUUAAUUUGUA